AUGGCUUCUUUCGCGGUCGAGGACUUUGUUGGAAAUGGAUGUCUUCAGGGACUUGUUUCAAAGCUGCUGGAGGAAGGGUGGGAUGAUGUACCAACAUUGAAGAUUAUGAAUGCAGAUGAUAUGAAUGCGUUGAACAUGACUCAACGGCAAAAGGAUGCAUUGGAAAUUAGAUCAUACCUGCAUGAUCAUGCUCUGAUGCAAUACGCAGAUAAGCUUGAGGAGUCCGGGAAUUCCCUUACCGAACUUCUUAACCUAAGUACAGUAGAUCUUACUUCAAAGUUCGGAAUGAAAAGGGGCCAUGUUGCCCGUUUUACAGACAGAACUGCAGCUUUUGGGGGAGAUUCUUUUUCAGAAGCCUAUAACCGCCAAGUGAGGAGAAGAACUUCCUCGAGUAGUGAGAGUCUUUAUUACAGGAAGGAUAUUUCUCCUGUCACCUCCCGGAAGCAGAGUAUGAUGAAAUCCCUUACAAGAACCAAUACAGAUAUAUCCCUUGAACAAUCAAUGGCUGAUCUCGCGAUUAAAGAUGGACAUGUUUUUAAGGGGAUUGUAGCUUUUAAGCCAGAUGAGCCUAGAGCAUGUGGCUGUGUGCAGCCAACUCCAGUAGUAGAGAAUGUUGCUCCUUAUUCUUCCAUAGAGAAUAUCUCAGUUCAGAUACUAGCACCAGAAUACAAGAUUGGAAUGGAGCGUCUGGUGAAAACAAAGACUGCUCCGAUGAAGGCUUCAAAGCUUUGGCGUGAUAAACCAGCAGUGUUUGUAUGCAUUCGUCGCCCAGGGUGCAUCAUGUGCAGAGCUGAAGCUCACCAACUCUAUGCAAAGAAACCAAUAUUUGAUGCUUUGGGGGUUCAGUUAUUUGCUGUUCUUCAUGAGCAAAUCGAAUCAGAGGUAAUGGAUUUCUGGCCUCGAUACUGGGGUGGUGUAGUCCUCUUUGACAGAAGUAUGGGAUUUUAUAAAGCUCUGGGAGGAGGGAAUCUGCUUAAAGACAAGUUCAUAUCAGGUUUUCUACUUAAUCCUCGAGCUAUUUCAAAUUAUAGGCGAGCAAAAGCUAUGGGGGUGGAUCAAAACUUCAGGGGUGAAGGUGAGACAAAAGGAGGACUCUUCAUUGUUGGCAAAGGAAAGAGUGGUAUCGCUUACCAAUUUAUUGAAAGGAACUUUGGAGACUGGGCACCCCUUUCUGAAAUCUUUGAAAUCUGCCGCCGCUUACAGAAUCCACAGGAAAGUCAGUUAGACUCAAUCACAUCGAUACAACAACAGGAUUAGCUAUGGUCAUUGCUUCUAUGGACCAAGCCCUUGCUAUUGAACAUCAAACUUAACAGAAGCUAUGCAUCUUCCAAACUACAAAAUUUUUAUGUCUCACUAACACAGUCCACUGCUCCUUCCUUUUAGGAAUAGUUAUUUCAUUAAACUUCCUUUACAUUACUCGAAUGUACUUGUGUUAGUCUAUUGAGACAGGCUAUGUAUCUGUUGCUGUUCAAUCACAUAAUGCAGAAGUGCCAAUCAUUAGAUUGUACUCAGCCAGUACAUCAGAUAUUCAUUGGUAACUUACACACACAUUGGACAAUGUUUAUAACUUCAUCUCACAAAAUAUUUACAAAAUGCAAAAGAAAGAAAAUUCUCAAAAUUCAGUAGCUUUUCCGAACAGCAGAAAACUAGCUUCCUUGUAUGAAUACAAAAAAUAAUUUGCUUCUCCUAUCCAAAAUUUUUUACGGAAAGAACUCAAUAUAACCUGACAGAAAGAAGGAAAAUAUGCCAUCCCCGUCCUCUUUUUUUCGUUGCACCAUUUAUGCAAGGAUU